AUGCAGACCAAGCGAUUCUUGGGCCUUAAUGGCACCAAACUCCAGAUUGCCAUUGGCUUUCUGGCGGGCAUGGACUUUCUGCUCUUCGGCUACGACCAAGGUGUAACUGGCGGCUUGCUUACGCUAACAUCUUUCAACAAAUAUUUCCCUUCAAUCAACACAUUGGACUCAUACACCGAAGGUUGGACUCAGGCAGAGAAGAACAACCAAUCGACGCGUCAAGGCAUCACAGUUGCAGCAUACAACUUGGGAUGUUUCGCCGGCUCAAUUCCCACGAUUUGGAUCGGUAACAUCUUGGGUCGCCGAAAGGCUAUCUUCCUGGGAUCUUUCAUCAUGUGUAUUGGUGCUAUUCUUCAAUGUACUUCUUACGGGCUUGCUCAGCUGGUCGUCGGCCGAUUGGUCACUGGGUUUGGCAAUGGUAUCAAUACUUCAACAGUCCCUACAUGGCAAUCCGAAUGCUGCAAAUCUCACCGACGAGGCCAGAUGGUCAUGAUCGAGGGUGCCAUGAUCACUUGCGGUAUUACAAUCAGUUACUGGAUUGAUUUCGGUCUGAUGUUUGCCGACCCCAACGAAGUUGCCUGGAGAUUUCCAUUGGCUUUCCAGAUCUUCUUCGCGGCCGUUAUCUUGGGAUUCGUCAUGUUCUUGCCUGAAUCGCCCCGUUGGCUCAUCUUGAAGGGUCGCGAGGAGGAAGCAAAGGAAGUUCUGGCAUGCUUGAUGGGUGAUGAUACUGAUGAACUGUUCAUCGACACCGAGUUCACCGCUAUUAAGGCUACCGUUCUGGAGAUGGCAAAGGGAUCGUUCCGGGAUAUGUUCACCAUGGGCGAGGACCGUCACUUCCACCGUACCAUGUUGGCCUACGUCAACCAAAUGUUCCAGCAGAUCUCCGGUAUCAACUUGAUCACCUACUAUAUCCCAACUCUUCUGGAAUCCAAUGUCGGACUGGAUGCCACAACUUCACGUCUUAUCGCUGCCUGCAACGGAACCGAGUAUUUCAUUGCCUCUUGGAUCGCCGUGUUCACCGUCGAGAAGUUUGGACGGCGAUCACUCAUGCUGUUUGGUGCAGUCGGGAUGUCCCUUUCCAUGGCGGUCCUUGCCAUCUCCGACAGUAUUUCCUCGAGCCACAAGCAAACCCCUACCGGUGUCAAGGCUGGCGUUGCCCAAACAGUCUUCUUGUUUGUGUUCAAUACCUUCUUUGCCAUUGGCUGGCUCGGUAUGACUUGGCUCUAUCCUGCCGAGAUUGUCCCAUUGAAGAUUCGUGCUCCGGCCAACGCCCUGUCUACUUCUUCCAACUGGAUUUGGAAUUUCAUGGUUGUCAUGAUUACCCCUGUGGCUUUCCAGAGCAUUGGCUACAAGACCUACGUCAUCUUCGCCGUAAUUAACGCUGCCAUCGUACCUGUCGUCUACUUCUUCUUCCCGGAGACCACUAUGCGUUCGCUGGAAGAGAUGGACCGCAUAUUCCGCAAGACUACAAACGUUUUCAACGUGGUUUCGGUUGCCCGUACCGAGCCCCAUAUGUAUGGUCCUAAUGGUGAACUAUUGCGUACUCUGGAUGAUGUCGAGGAUGAUGCUGUCCGUCGCGCCAGUAUUUUGAACAAGGAGAGCAAGGCUCACUCCCAGACUCAUACGCAACAUACAGAGAAGUACAGUGACGGAAACACAAGUGAGGACAGGCCUGAAUUACCAAUCCGCCUCGGAUUCAAAAAGCUUGCAACCCAAGAUCAUAAAGACUUGGUUCUCCACGAAAUCCCUAAGGAAGUUAUUGAGCAUGAUUUAUCAUUAUUUUUGAAUUAUCGACUAUCAGAGAUAAGAAAAGAGCGAGAGCCUCCCCUGCCUAUCAACUGGCCUGGGACCGAAAAUAUCCGAAAGCUAGUGGCUCUAUCUGCUCCGCUAUUUAUCUUCGCAGCUACGAUAUGCCGCAUAUUCGAGGAUCCUGAUUGGGACCCAGUGGACAGUCUUCUUGAGAUCCUCAAUCAUCAAAAGGAUGGAUCUAAACUGGAUGGGACGUAUCUUCCUGUGCUUGAUCGGCUCCUUGAUAGACAAACCGAGAAGAAGAAAAAGGAGCUGGUUCAAGAAUUUCACCAAGUGGUCGGUGCAAUUGUGAUACUAGAGAGCCCACUUUCAGUCACCUCACUUUCGAAACUCAUCUGCCUCCCAGAGAGACUGAUUCAUCUCAGACUCAACCCACUAUACUCAGUUCUAAGUGUACCAAAUGAUGAGGCCUUACCGGUUCAACUCUUCCACCUAUCGUUUCGAGACUUUCUUCUUGAUCCAGCAACAUGUGAGAAGACUCCAUUAUGGGUUGAUGAAAAGGAAACACACUACAGGUUGGCCACUCAAUGCCUCCACGUGUGUCAGAACCUAAAAAAGAAUCUAUGCGGGCUACGAAGUGACGGAACAAAACAGGUGGAAAUUGAUCAGCAGACUAUCAAUGAAUGUCUUCCUCCGGAAUUGCAAUACGCCUGUCGUUAUUGGGCACAUCACCUAGUGCGGAGCAAGGACCAACAUACUGUGAUGCAUAAAGCGCUGUUAUUCCUUCAGGUUCAUUGCUUACACUGGAUGGAAGCAAUGAGCAUCCUUGGCCGUCUCUCUGAUGUUUUAGAGACCAUCGGUCUCUUGCAGAAAGCCACACAUGGGAACACGGAUACUACCCUGUCCGAGAUGUCCGAGAUUCUUUAUGAUGCAAAGCGCUUUCUCCUGAAGAACCGCCAGAUAGCCAAUGAUGCGCCUCUUCAACUUUACUGCUCGGGCCUUGUGUUUGCACCACGAACAGCGGUAUUCCGUAAGCUUUUUGCAGCAGAGCUUCCUAGUUGGGUAUGUCAGUUUCCCCAGGUUGACGAAACGUGGGGUUCAGAACUGCAGACUCUCGAGGGCCAUUCGGGUACGGUUCAGUCGGUGGCAUUCUCACCCGACGGCCGGCUGCUGGCGUCCGGCUCCGAGGAUGACACAGUCCGGCUAUGGGACACGGCGACCGGCGCCCUACAACAGACACUCGAGGGCCAUUCGAGUGGGGUUUGGUCGGUGGCUUUCUCGCCCGACGGCCAGCUACUAGCAUCCAGCUCCGAGGAUGAGACAGUCCGACUCUGGGACAUAGCCACGGGCGCUCUGCGGCAGACUUUCGAAGGCCAUUCAAUGGGGGUUUACUCGGUGGCCUUCUCCCCAGACGGCCGGCUGCUAGCCUCCGGCUGUUUUGAUGACAUAGUUCGGCUCUGGGACACGGCGACAGGUGCCCUCCAACAGACACUUCAGGGUCAUUCGGGCUCAGUUAAUUCGGUGUCAUUUUCGCCCGACGGCCGGUUGCUGGCGUCGGGCUCUUUCGAUAAGACCGUCCGGCUCUGGGACAUGGCGACAGGCACCCUACAACAGACACUCGAAGGACAUUCAGAUUGGGUUUGGGCGGUGUCAUUCUCACCAGGCGGUCGGCUACUAGUGUCUAGCUCCCGUGAUAGAAUAGUGCGACUCUGGGACACGGUGACGGGCGCGCUGCAGCAGACAUUUGAGGGCCCCUUAGAUUCGGUUGAAUCGGUCGCGUUCUCACCCGAUGGCUACCGGCUAGCGUCUAGCUCUAAUAAUAUAGUGCGGCUCCGGGACACGGCGACGGGCACGCACCAGCAAGUUCUCGAAGGCCAUUCUCGUACAGUUUGCUCGGUGGCUUUCUCGCCCGACGGUCGGCUACUAGCGUCUGGCUCUUUUGAUAAGACAGUGCGGCUCUGGGACAUAGGGACAGGAGCGCUACAGCAGUCUCUCGAGAUCUAUUCAGUUCCGGUUUACUCGGUGGCUUUCUCAGACGACGGCCGGCUACUAGCGUCAGGCUCCCGUGAUGGAAUAGUACGGCUCUGGGACCCAACGACAGGCGCUCUACUACAGACGCUUAAGGGCCAUUUAGAUUCGGUUAACUUAGUGGCAUUCUCGCCAGAUGGCCGGCUGCUGGCGUCCGGCUCCCGUGAUAGAACGGUGCGGCUCUGGGACACAACGACGGGCGCGCUGCAGCAGACUCUUAAGGGCCAAUUAGAUUCGGUUAAUUUAGUGGCAUUCUCGCACGACGGCGGGUUGCUAGCGUCAGGCUCUUGGGACACCACGGCUUGGCCCUGGGGUACGGCAGCAGGCGCACUCCAGCAAAACAUCAAAGGCCAUUCGUAUCUCGUUGAUUCUGUGGCCUUCCUAUCUGAUGGCCAGCUGCUAGCGUCCCAUCCCCGCGAUAAGACAGUCCAGCUCUGGGAUACAAUGACGGGCGCCCUACAGCAGACUCUCGAGAGCCAUUCGGGCUCAGUUAACUCGUUGGCAUUCUCGCCCGACGGCCGGCUGCUGGCGUCGGGCUCUUUCGAUAACACAGUCCGGCUCUGGGAUACGGCGACAGGCUGCUUACAGACACUCGAAGGCCAUUCACAUUGGGUUUGGUCGGUAGCAUUCUCACCGGACGGCCGGCUACUGGCGUCUUGCUCUCGCGAUAAAACAGUGCGGCUCUGGGACCCGGCCACUAGAGCUUUGCGGCAGACUCUCGAAGGCCAUUCAGAUUCAGUUGGCUCGGUUGCAUUCUCACCCGAUGGCUAUCGGCUAGCAUCUAGCUCUAGUGAUAAUACAGUGCGGCUCUGGGACACGGUGACGGGUGGGCUGCAGCAGACCCUCGAGAGCCAUUCAGGUCCGGUUUACUCGGUUGCAUUCUCGCUAGACAGCCGGCUGCUAGCGUCUGCCUCCCGUGAUAGAUCAGUGCGGCUUUGGGACACGGCGACGGGCGCUCUACAGCGGACCCUCGAGAGCCAUUCAGGUCCGGUUUACUCGGUGGCAUUCUCACUAGACAGCCGGCUGCUAGCGUCUGCCUCCCGUGAUAGAUCAGUGCGGCUCUGGGACACGGCGACGGGCGUUCUGCGGCAGACCCUCGAGAGCCAUUCAGGUCCGGUUUACUCAGUGGCAUUCUCGCCAGACAGCCAACUAGUAGCGUCCGGCUCCCGUGACAGAAUAGUGCGGCUCUGGGACACGGCGACGGGCACUUUGCAGCACACUCUCGAAGGCCAUUCAGAUUCAGUGGACUCGGUAGCAUUCUCGCCAAACGGCCGGGUGCUGGCGUCUAGCUCUAAUGAUAAAAUAGUGCGACUCUGGGACACUGCCACAGGCACCCUACAGCAAACUUGGAUUGCUGAUGGAACGGUAACUAACCUUGAGUGCUUUCAAACCGAUUUAUGUGUAUGCACCGACCUACGCGCCCUUGGUAUUCAGACCAAGUGUGACAGUUCUUGGACCAAGGUGAAUCCAGAGAUAUCCAUCGAGCACGGGCAGUGGGUUAAAUUGAAUGGCGAGAAGGUACUCUGGCUCCCUCCAGAAUAUCGGCCCAGCCAUUAUGCGAUUAACGGCAACCCCGAUGUAUGGCGAAGGGCAAUUCGGCGAGGAUUGAACGAGGGAUGGAAGCCCAGGGAUAUGAAUUUGAACGUUGGAUCAAUCUUGCUUAAGGAGAAUGACAACGAGAGGUUAGAGGAAGAUGGUCAAAAGCUAGUCAAAAUGGUUCAAAAUGAACUUCCGAAGAUUGAGAAAUUAGUUAUCAAGGAAGAGUAUCAAGAAUAG